UACCACAGUCACCGUUUCAUACAACGUUGUAGGAUUCGGUUCGAUCACAGAAAUUUCGAUUUCUCGCAUUAAGGAUCUCAUUCUUUAGCAACUCUAAUGGCGCCCAAGGCAGAGAAGAAACCAGCUGAGAAGAAGCCGGCAGAGAAGGCACCGGCGGAGAAGAAGCCAAGAGCAGAGAAGAAACUGCCAAAAGAAGGCGUCGAUAAGAAGAAGAAGAAGGCGAAGAAGAGCGUAGAGACGUAUAAGAUAUACAUAUUCAAGGUGUUGAAGCAAGUCCAUCCUGAUAUCGGGAUUUCCAGUAAGGCUAUGGGGAUCAUGAACAGCUUUAUCAAUGAUAUCUUUGAAAAGCUUGCACAGGAAUCUUCAAGGCUCGCUAGGUAUAACAAGAAGCCUACCAUCACUUCUCGCGAGAUCCAGACUGCUGUUAGGUUGGUCUUGCCUGGUGAACUCGCUAAGCACGCAGUUUCUGAAGGAACCAAAGCUGUGACUAAGUUCACCAGCUCAUAGUAUUAGGGUUAGGGUUUUGAAUGGGUAUUUUCUAUGUAAAGAGUUAGGUUUUGUAAUCGAGUCUGGUUUGAUUGUAUUUUCUUGCUUUUGAAUCAAUGACUUGCUGAUUUAACUCUCAACCA